CGCUCUCCUUUACCCCCGUUCUUCAGCACCAAGUCUAAAGACCCCUGCUUUACAGAAAACACUCCUUUGCUGAGGAAUUUCUCACAAGAGAAAGGGCCACGGCGCAUGCCCGUUUGCCAUCCGGAGUCCAUCACUGCUGAAGAAUCUUGGGAGAGCAGCUCGGCUGAGUGGGAGGGAGGAUCCCUGCUGGCAGGUUCUUCUGGAUCUGCCUCCCCAGAGAAGGGAGAGCUUCUGGACAGCACUCCCAUCAGGUUCCGCCGUCUUUCCAAGCUGAGGUACUGUGUGCGGUGGCUGAAAGUCUCAGGCCUGUUUGUCUUUGUGGUGCUGUGCACUGUUUUAUUUAGCCUGUAUCCAGAUCAAGGGAAGUCCUGGCAGUUGUUGGUGUCACCACUGGAAAGCUACUGUAUCCAAACCUACUCUGAGACGGACAGUCGCCCAUUGUUGACUCACAAAGUGAAGAGAUUCGAGAACUAG